ACUUUGUGAUCAUUGCUGUCUGCCUUGCUAUAUAAGCCUCAGUUUCUCACCAGUUUAAUACAAGCACUACCAAGUGGACUUACAGAUACACUAACAAACUCAGUGUCUAAGAGCCAUGAAGGUCCUUGCUGUGCUCGUCCUAGCUGUUUUCACUGGCUGCAAUGCCAACCUUUUUUAUGCUGAUGCACCCAAGCCACAGCUGGAAGUGGUGAGUGAUGCCUUCUGGGAUUAUGUUGCCAAAGCUACACAGACAGCUGAAGAAACUGUGAAGAUGAUUAGAUCAUCUCAGUUUGGACAGGAUGUGAGUACCCGUCUGACAGAAGGUGUUGAUGCUGCCAACAAGUAUGCCGUCACCCUCCAGGGGCAGCUUCCACCCACAGCCCAGGACCUGAUCACCAAAGUCACAACAGAGGCUGAUGUGUUGAGAGAUCGUGUGAUCCAAGAGCUGAGCACAGUCAGAGAGAGGCUCGAGCCUUACACUGAGAACAUUCAGACACAGGUCCAGCAGAAGGUUGAGCAGCUCAAACAGGAGGUGGCCAUAUACACAGACUCCCUGGACACUGAGGCCCUGAGGACCACCCUGACGCAAAAGAGCGAAGAGCUAAAGACCAGCCUGGAGCAGAGCGUGAAAGACCUGCAGACUCAGCUUGGUCCCUACACUGACGACCUGAAGCAGAAGGUGGACCAGCAUCUGCAAGACUUCAAGCAGAAAGUGGCCCCCUUGACUGAGCGGGUGCAGAGUCAGAUUGCACAGAGAGCCCAGCAGGUGAAAGAAAUGGCCACCCCCUACGUUGAUGAGCUGAGGGAAAGGCUGGACCCAUAUGCUCAGGACCUCCAGGCUCGUCUCACCUCCCUUUAUGAAUCCUAUGUUAAAGCCAAUUAAGUUAACAUCCACCUCACAUGAAACAGAAAAAAGUGCAUCUAAAGAAUUCCAAAUACCAAGGACAUGUUCCUGGUAUCUGGAAUUUAAAAAAAAUUCAGAUGUUGUUUGAUAUAUUUACAGUUUUAAAAAAAAAGUUGAUAGAUACAAAAAAUAUGUGUUGGUCUGUGACCACAAACUGUUUUCAUAUGUUCUAGAAAAUAAAGUGAAAGCAAAACUAGAA